ACGUUGGUGGCGUCGCUUCCUGUGGCUGACUCUCCGUUUCCAUUCUGGCAGAGAGUGGUUUGUGUUUUUUUUUUUCACACAGUUUUGGGGGUGAGAGGAAGAUGAGCUUCACACGGGGCCUCUCCUGGGCCUCUUGGCAGCCUGCCCCGCUGUGCCCCUCGCGUCUGCUUGGGAAGACAGAGCUGGGAGGCUGGGCCUGAGCCUCCUCACUCCGGGAGCCCCUGCGCCCAGGCAACCAUCACCACCGACGGCAGACAUCGCGGCCACAGCCAGGUAGCACCAAACCUGUUGUCUGUGACGUGGGGUCAGCUGGGCCUGGCACUUCGGGGGCAAGACAGCAUGUUGGGGGCGGGGGAGAAAGUUCUAGAACAAAAGAUGUUUAGGAAGAAAGUAAAACCGAAAUACUGCUUUCGUGAAGGACUUUGGGGAACAAAGAUUUAAGAAGAAGAGGUUUUGCAAGUUUUGAUGGUGUGUCCGGGAGUAUUGGGAAGACGGGGUGACCAGGAGGUCUCUCACUCUACGUGAUCUGCUGCAGAACCAACAACAAGAAGUGGUUACAUGCAAAAUACAAACCCAUUUGCCUUUUCUCCUGGGAGUCAGCCCCAGAGGAGGAGUGGGAGUGUGGCAGACACGCCGGCUGGCGGCUGUGAGCCAGAGCAGGCCAAGAAGCAGAAGACGGGGCGUACCUCAGAGGCUGCUGGACGAUGGGCGCCAUCACCCCGACCCUGUCAGGAAUGCAAGGGAGCACCCUGGAGGCCAGCAGCCUGGAAGGAGGUCAGGACCAGAGCAGCGGCAUCAUUUUUGGGUUCGCGGCGCUCCUCGCUCUCCUGCUGGUCAUCACGGCUUCCUGCAUCCUGUGCACCUGGAACAAACGGAAGAAGCGUCGUGUACCCUACCUACGGGUCACUGGCAUGCCCUCACUGACUCUGCCUCGGCCUGGACAGCGAGCCAAAAAUAUUUACGACCUCUUGCCUCCAAGGCAAGAAGACCUGGGAAGAUGUCAGUCCAGGAGCAUCCGUGUCUUCAGUACCGAGAGCCUCCUCUCCAGAAACCCUGACCCCCCCGGGCACGUGCCCUCCCAAGGGAGCAGCACCCUGCAGGGGCACGGAGCCCGCAUCCCCACCGUGGGGUUCGCAGUGGGUAUCUAUGACAACGCCCCCGUGCCCCACGUGUGCCAGACCCUGGUGCCCUCGGCGCACUACGGCAACGACGGGGCCCCCAGACAGCGGACGAGCUCUGCUUCGGAGGACGCCAACGACUAUGUGAACGUCCCUGCGGCCGACGCGGCCGCCGAGCCCCCCGCCUCUGCCUGCAGCACAGCCGAGCCCCCCGCCUCCUCCUGCAGCGCCCCCGGGUGCUGCUUCGCUCACCAAAGCGCCCAGGGGCUGGGGUUCACCGAGGAAAGCCACGAGGACUGUGAUGGUGCCGGCGACUACAGCACUCUCUGGUGUCCAGCUGACCCGCUGAGCGAGGCGGACAGCUCCUCCCAGGCCUCGGACGACUACGUCAACAUGGCCAGGCUGGAGCUCUCGGGCAGCCAGGAGACUCAGCUCUGGGCGGCCUUGCAGCGCUGCGGGGAUGACGGAAAUGUGGCUCCGGCUCAACCGGACGGCAGCCAGCAGCGGGCUGGGGGAGAGGCCACCUCCUCCAGCCUAGACGGCGCAGCAGCGGGCAGGGCGCAGGGUCCAGGGACCCACCUCCAGCCUGUCUCAAGGAGGCUGCUGGCUUCAGGGGAGGUUGUGGCCUUUCAGCCACCCGCUGAGAGCGAGAGCUGUCAGCUGCAGCGCGAGAGGACGUGCAGCGAGGACUCGAGUGACUAUGAGAAUGUGCUCGCUGUCCAGCCGGGAGGCCAAGACGCUGGCACCUGGCUCCCUCCUGACCAGUUAAGGCCCAGGCCCCCGACGGGAAUGCCCCAUGACACCGUCUGUCCUGCCAGCUCCUUAGCUGCCGAAGAGCCUCAGGGAGACUCUGGGCCACCCUAGGAGUUCAGCAGAUUCCCUCGGUUUGGCUAAAAAAAAAAGUAAAAAAGUAAAAAGCAAAAAAAUUAAUAAAUAAAAAAGCUGCCUGGAAGCAAGGGUUGGGAAAGCCAGACAGGAAUUGUCCCCAGGCGGGAUGCCGCUGUCUCCGUACAGAGCUGAGGACAUUCGCACGGGCACCUCCCGGGACUGCUGGGACGCAGUGGGCCUGAGGGGUUCACCAGCCCCAGUGGGCUGCAAGCCAGAGUACAGACUGUUUUGUAAGCCGGACAGGAGCCAAAGGAAGGAGGAGGAGAGGAGGGAGCAGGCAGUCUCCAUGGCAGCAGGAGGACAGCCACCCCCUGCCCUGAGGAUGCAGGGCAGGAGGAAGCCCACUUGCUGCCCCCACGGAGCAUCUACAGCCACCUGGAAAAGUGUCUGCCAUCUCCCAAAAGCAGGCACUUCCGUGGCCCCUGAUCCGCUCCUAUGAACUGCUGCAAGUGGACUGAACACUGUGUUCACUCAAAAACCUAUGUGUGGCCAGUGCCGUGGCUCACUAGGCUAAUCCUCCGCCUUGCAGCGCCGGCACACUGGGUUCUAGUCCCGGUCAGGGCGCCUGAUUCUGUCCCGGUUGCCCCUCUUCCAGGCCAGCUCUCUGCUGUGGCCAGGGAGUGCAGUGGAGGAUGGCCCAAGUGCUUGGACCCUGCACCCCAUGGGAGACCAGGAGAAGCACCUGGUUCCUGCCAUCGGAUCAACGUGGUGCGCUGGCAGCAGUGCACCAGCCGUGGUGGCCAUUGGAGGGUGAACCAACGGCAAAGGAAGACCUUUCUCUCUGUCUCUCUCUCAUUGUCCACUCUGCCUGUCAAAAAAAAAAAAAAAAAAAAAAAAAAAAAAAAAACUAUGCGUGACUCUUUCUAGCAGCUUCAUUCAUAAUUGCCAACAAGCAGAACACACCUUCUAUGGGCGAAUGGCCAGGGGAACUGGCUAUCCACCCCGAGUCCGUUGUAGCCAGCAGGAACGAGGAAUGGACGGUUGGCUCACGAAGCAACACGGACACGGGUUAACUUGGUUUUGUUCCGUGAACAGAGUUGGAUUUAAAAGUCUGCAUCUGGUGUGAUUGCAGCUGCGUGAUAUUCGGGAAAAGGGAAACUAUAGGAAUGGAAAGAGACAGUGGUGGCCAGGUUUGGGGGAGGAGAAGGGUUGACAGAGGGGCUGCUCGCGGGCAUUUUUUAGGAUGGGGGCGCUGUUCCGUGCGGUUCUGCAGCGGCAGAUGAACAGCUGCGUGCAUUUGUCAAGCACACAGAACCGUAUGCAAAUUUUUAAAAAGUUAACCAGGCUCUCAGGGGACCUAGGAUGAUACACAGAUUGUGACAAAUAGAUCUAUUUGUAUAUCGUGUUACAAAUGAAUGACAUAACUUCACAGGCGAAGAAGGAGCUGACCUAAUUAACUUUGGAAAACAAUGCUUUGACUUGAAACUGUAAGAUACAGAUGCAAACAACUGGACACCCACUCUGCACUCCCACUGGCAAAUCUGCAUCUUGCAGUCAUUUGAGUUAGCAGUUCCCAACUAUGUACCUCCUAGGAUGGAAUAAAAAAGUCAAAUAUCGUAGAUAAGGAGAAAUUGCUCACUGUCAGGAAAAGCUGGGACAAAUACGCCAAUAAGAAAGCCUGUAGGCCGGCGCCGCGGCUCAAUAGGCUAAUCUUCCACCUAGCGGCACCAGCACACCGGGUUCUAGUCCCGGUCGGGGCACUGGAUUCUUUCCCGGUUGCCCCUCUUCCAGGCCAGCUCUCUGCUGUGGCCAGGGAGUGCAGUGGAGGAUGGCCCAAGUGCUUGGACCCUGCACCCCAUGGGAGACCAGAAGAAAGAAGCACCUGGCUCCUGCCUUCAGAUCAGCGCGGUGCGCCGGCCGCAGCGGCCAUUGGAGGGUGAACC